UUACAGUCAACCGAGAUCUCCGUUCAUCCCAUCUUUAGAGUUCUUCAACAGUCGAACCCCAGCUGCUCUCUCUCUCUCUCUCUCUGCAUAACUCGCCAUGUAUCGAGUUCAAAUGCUUUUGGUAGGGUUACCUGUAUUUCUCUUCUGUUCGGACCUCUUAAACCUCUUCGCUCUAUCGCCACCGAAGCCCUCGCAUCCUCACCCCCACCACCAUCAUCACCACCAUCCUCCGCAACAAGAAGUUCGAUCAACCCCUGAUUUCUCAACACAGAAAACUGGAAGUGCUGGAGGCAUCGGUUAUGGCAACACCAUCAACAUCCGUUUCUGCUCCUCCUGUUCUUACGGGGGAACUGCAAUGACAAUGAAGAAGAUGCUGGAGACAUCUUUCCCUGGUAUUGAUGUUAUUCCUGCAAAUCAUCCCCCAAAGCUUCCAAAACGCCUACUUAGCAAAGUGGUACCAGUUGUUCAAGUAGGAGUUAUUGGGAUUUUAAUGGCUGGAGAACAAAUUUUCCCUAGGCUGGGGUAUAUGACACCACCUCCUUGGUACUUCUCUUUGCGUGCGAAUAGAUUUGGAACCAUAGCAUCCACUUGGCUUCUUGGCAAUGUUGUGCAAUCCUUUUUGCAGAGCUCUGGGGCUUUUGAAGUUUACUGCAAUGGUGAAUUGGUUUUCUCAAAACUGAAGGAGCAGAGGUUCCCUAGUGAAUUUGAGUUGAGAGAGCUCGUCAACCAGAAACUGGGGAAUUCAAGAUUUGUGGAUGCUGGACGUGACUGGUCGCAUAGAACUGGGGAAAUGAAAUCCUUCUGAUAGAAGGGGCCAAAACACUUGCAGAGGUGCAGCUUAAGUUCAAGAUCAAACUACUGGAUUGGGUGGUAAAUUUGCUAUAUGAAUCAGAUCGCCGAUUGCAUGUAUAAAAUUGAAGAACACGUUGCUUGUGUCCAAGCUUCCUUGCUCAUCUUCUAAAAUCUUGUACUUCUGUACAGUUGCUUAUCAUGAAUUCUUUUUUUUUUAAUAAGAAAAAAGAAAAACUUCAUUAAGUAGAGAGAAAGUGAGUUACAUCAGUGUACCUGAAGUUGUAAAACUGAGAUCGUUUUGCUAAUAUCAUGUGUGUUAUCCUAUGCAA